GUUUGCUGCGGGGGGAACUGAGUUUUGGGGGUUGUGCAGAAUUUUGCCGGGCGGGAACUCCCGCCAUUUUUUCAACCCAGGUGUUAACCUCUUGCAUAUUUCAAUUAAGUUAUUACAACCCUUUUCUAUUAUUGUAACAACUUCAACUUUCAAGGACGGAAACUGCGAGUCAAACAAAUUCACUCCAUGAGAAGAGGCCUAGUCUUUGGAGAACGGAGUGUAGAGAGCGCGCCAGACCCCCUGACGGGAACCUCCGCUGUUGCCGCGAGUUCGAGAAUCCUGUCAGCUCGCCUCUCCAUCCUCCUUUCGGACUAGCUAGCAGAAGUUUAUCCGUGUAGCCUACCCGAAGAGUCCAUUCUCAGUGUACAUUUUUAAACAGCUGUUUUUGACAAGUUCCUGUUGAUAAACAAUGACACAACUACCAGCGAACAGAACAAGAAUGCGAUUUGACUGCUAGCAAGAAGUGCUGUGUUAUUGUUUUGCAGCGAAGAUUUAGCCGACUAGCUAGCUUGCUAGGUUAGCUAGCUAGAUGCUACACGUUGAAUGCUCCUGGAAUAUUUGUGGAUACUUGACUACAUGCUAAGGCCAUAUUGUCAUAUUUUGCGUAGUUUUGUGCUAGGAGUUUUAUUUUUAAAGACGUCAUCGCUGCCGUUUCGUACUCAGGAUGGCACCACUGCUGGGCCGGAAACCCUACCCGCUGAUUAAGCCGCUAGCCGAGCUGCCAGGCCCAGAGGAGGAGGUCUACAUCAUCGAACACACCAAGGAGGCCUUCAGGAACAAAGAAGAGUAUGAGGCGCGCCUGCAGAGAUAUGCCGAACGCAUCUGGACAUGCAAGAGUACCGGCAGCAACCAGCUCACACACAAGGAGGCCUGGGAGGAGGAGCAAGAAGUCACUGAACUGCUUCAGGAGGAGUACCCACUAUGGUUCGAGAAGCCCGUCCUGGAGAUGGUUCAUCACAACACGGUCUCCCUGGACAAGCUGGUGGACCAGGCCUGGGUGGAGAUCCUCACCAAAUACGCCGUAGACGAAGAGUGUGACUUUCUGGUGGGGAAGGAAAAGAGUUUGCGGGUUAAGGUCGUGAAGAUACACCCCCUUGAGGGGAAUGCUGAGGGCGAAACGUCGGAGAAGAAGCUAGAGGGAGCCUGCGACUCUCCUUCCAGCGACAAGGAGAAUGCCAGCCAGGAGAACCAGAAGAAGGAACAACAGCUGCCCAGAGAGGAGGAGAGCCCCAGGGAAAGCAGGAGAGAGAGCCUCAGUGACCGAGCACGGCGCUCCCCCAGGAAAACUCCCACCGCUAUGAAGGAGGAGAAGAAGAGAUGGGUGAUGCCAAAGUUCCUGCCACACAAGUACGACGUGAAGCUGAUCAGUGAGGACAAGGUCAUCAGUGAUGUCCCAGUGGACAGCCUCUUCCGGACUGAGCGCCCUCCGACCAAGGAGAUCAUGCGCUACUUCAUCCGCCACUAUGCACUCCGGCUUGGGAUAGGAGAGACGGCCCCCUGGGUGGUGGAGGAUGAACUGGUGAAGAAGUUCAACCUGCCCAGCAAAUUCAGCGACUUCCUCCUGGAUCCACACAAGUUUUUUGCAGAGAAUCCCGUCUCAACCAAGCGCAAGAGCCUGAGCUCAACGGAGGGCAAACCCAGUAAGAAGCUGAAGACCUCGAACACCCCAGGAGGAGUGAAUUCGGGGAACGAGAAGAAGAAAAAGAAGGAUUCUCUCGGCAUGCCCCUGAGCCCUACAAUCUGGGGCCACAUGCAGAUGAAAAUGAAUGGCUCGCCUCUGAAGGUAAAGAAUUCCGGAACCCCCAAGAAAAGAGAGGGAGGGGCCUCUGUCCUCUCCUCUCCAAAAUCCAGCAAAAAACCUGGGGACAAGAAAUCUGCUGCUGGCAAAAAGACCCCCGGCAAGAGCAGUCAGAAGGCUUCCUCCAAAAAGGAUGAAAAGUGUGGGGGCGCUAAGAAGCCCAAGAUGAAGCAGAUGACCCUGUUGGACUUGGCCAAGAGCCCUCCCUCCGCCGGAAGCCCCAAGAAGAGAGCCCGGAGCACUGGCCCAGGGACCCCCAAACUGGGCAAGGCCCUGCACCCCAUGGCCCUGCACCUGCUGCGCUACUACAAGGAGAACAAGGGCAAGGAGGACAAGAGGAACGCCAUGUCCUGUCUCAUAUCCAAGGCGGCCAAGGCCCUCUCGCCUGAGGACCGGGGCCGGCUGCCCGAGGAGCUCCGUGACCUGGUCCUGAAGCGCUGGGAGCUGCUGGAGCACAAGAAGAAAUGGGCGGCCAUGAGCGAGGAGGAGAAGCAGGACGUGAUGAGGAAGAAACGUAAGGAGAUCAAGGAGAAGCUCCGGGAGAAGACCAAGGAGCGGCGGGAGAAGGAGCUGCAGGUGCGCCGAGAGCAGCAGCGCCGCUAUGAGGACCUGGAGAUCGAGGGCGGCAAGGCACUACCUGUCUUCAAGCUGGUCGACAUGCCAGAGGGGCUGCCCAACUCCCUGUUCGGAGACGUGGCCAUGGUGGCAGACUUCCUCAACUGCUACGCGGGCCUGCUGAUGCCCGAUGACCAGUACCCGGUGACGGCAGUGGCCCUGAUGGAGGCUCUGGCCGGGGAGAAGGCAGGUUUCCUCUACCUGAACCGUGUGCUGGUGGUGCUGCUGCAGACCCUGCUGCAGGAUGAGUUGGCCGAGGGCUACAGCGAGCUGGACAUGCCCCUGUCGGAGAUCCCCCUCACGCUCCACUCUGUCUCUGAGCUGGUGCGCCUGUGUCUGCGGCCGUGCGACGCCCACGGCGAUGACUCGGGCCAGGGCUCUGGGGGGGAUGACUGGGGCCCCCUAGGGGGCUUCGACCAGGUGGUAAGCAGCGAGUUCCUCGAGCGGCUGGAGGCGGUGGAGGUGUUUGAGCUGACGUCGACAGAGAAGGCCAGCCUGCUGGUGGCACUGUGCCACCGCAUCCUCAUGACCUACUCGGUGGAGGACCAUGUGGACUCCAUGCAGCAGCGCUCGGCCGAGCUGUGGAAGGAGAGGCUGGCCUCGCUCAAGGAGGUCAACGACCGCAAGCGGGCUGAGAAGCAGCGGCGCAAGGAACAAGCCGAGGUCAAAGGCGAGGAGGCUGCCAAUGGCGAUACGCCGUCAGCCACCGCCAAGAUGGAGAAGAAGAAAGAGGGUAGUGCCAAGAAAGAGGUGAAGAAGGUGAAAGCAGAGCCGGUGGCCGCAGAGCCUGAAGACAUGAUCAGUACAGUGAAGAGUAGGAGGCUGAUGUCCAUCCAGGCCAAGAAGGAAAAGGAGGAGCAGGACAGACAGAACAAGGAGCGCAUGGAGAAGGAGGCGGAGGAGGAGCGUGUCCGCAAGCAGAAGGCUGCAGCAGAGAGGGCCUUCCAGGACGGCAUCGCCAAAGCCAAACUGGUGCUGAGGAGAAUCCCACUGGGAACUGAUCGAAACCAUAACAGGUACUGGCUGUUCUCUGAUGUGGUGCCUGGCCUGUACAUAGAGAAGGGCUGGGUGCACGACAGCAUUGACUACAGCUACACCCUCCCCCUGGAGGAGGCUGCAGCCGAGCCUGAGGACGAGGAGGCCACCAAAGAGGAGACUAAUGAUGUUGAGGAGGACGGUGGCAGUCUAGAUGGUGCUCUGAGCGAGGGAGCCCACCAGGGGGCGCCAGCCGCUGUCUGCAUCGAGACCACCACUCCCAACCAGGGACAGAACCUCUGGUUUGUGUGUGAUGCUCCACGGGACCUCGAUGACCUGGUGGAGAGCCUCCAUGCACAGGGUGUGAGAGAAAGCGAGCUGAAGACCAAGCUGCAAGUCAGGUACCAGGACAUCCUCCACUCUAUCAACCUGGCCCGCAAGGGGAACCCGGGGCUGAGGAGCUGCGAUGGCCACCAGGAGCUGCUCAAGUACCUGCGCAGCGACGUCAUCGAGGUGGCCUCGCGCCUCCAGAAGGGCGGCCUGGGCUACAUGGACGACAGCAUGGAUGAGUUUGAGAAGAAGGUGCGUGACCUGGAGAACCUGAAGGACUUUGGGGAGUGUGUCAUCACCCUCCAGGCUUGCGUCAUCAAGAAGUUCCUGCAGGGCUUCAUGGCCCCCAAGCAGAAGAAGAAGAAGAAGCAGGAAGGGGAGGAGAGCAGGAAGACAGAGGAGGUGGAUGAGGAGAAGAAGCUGGCGGAGGAGGCCAGGGUGGCGACAGCAGUCGAGAAAUGGAAGACGGCGAUCCGCGAGGCCCAGACCUUUUCCCGGAUGCACGUGCUGCUGGGCAUGCUGGACGCCUGCAUCAAGUGGGACAUGUCGGCAGAGAACGCACGCUGCAAGGUCUGCCGCAAGAAAGGGACAGGGCUGAUGCCACCUGUCCUCGUGCUGCGGGACAUGGUUAGUCCCAGGCAGGGCAGGGGGACGAGCCCAGAGCAGGGACAGGGUAGUGUCAGACAGGUGCAGGUGUACCACACACUGCCACACAGCCACACUACAGGUGAGGAUGACAAGCUCAUCCUGUGUGACGAGUGCAACAAGGCCUUCCACCUGUUCUGUCUGCGCCCCGCCCUCUACCGCAUCCCUCAAGGGGAGUGGCUGUGCCCCGCCUGCCAGCCCGCCGUGCAAAGACGCUGCUCCCGCGAAAGAAACUACAACGAGGACACUGAGGAAGAGGAGGAUUCUGAGGAUGAAGCGGAGUCUGAAUCUGAGGACUCUGAUGAAGAGGACGAGGAGGAUAAGGAUUACAAGGCCAUGGGCCACAGCUUGAGAUCAAGGAAGAAGACCAAGCACUCUAAAGCAUCGAAGGCGUCUAGUAAGGGUGGCUCUAAGAAGCACUCUCCCCCCAGUAAACCCAGUAAACCGAGGGCCGCCCCUAGCAGCCCUGCAGAAAUCGACGAGAUGGUGCGUCAGAGCUCAAAGACAGGUGUGCGUCGGCAGGCCCUGGAGCUGGAGAGGAGUGAGGAGAUCCUGCAGAAACUGGUCAAAUUCCGCUACAGCUGGCCGUUCAGAGAGCCGGUGUCAGUAGAGGAGGCGGAGGACUACUUUGACAUCAUCUCCAGCCCCAUGGACUUCCAGACCAUGCAGGCCAAGUUCAGCGAGGGCCAGUACCGGCACGCCCAGGACUUCCUGGAGGACGUCAAGCUGGUGUUCUCCAACGCAGAGGAGUACAACCAGCCGGGCAGCUCGGUGCUCUCCUGCAUGGCCAAGACGGAGCAGUGCUUCACCGAGCUGCUCCACAAGCUGCUGCCCGGCCUCAGCUACCUGCGCCGCCGCCAGCGGAAGAGAGUCAGUCGGACCCCUCAGGUCUCGGAGGAUGAAGAGGAGGAGGAGGAAGAAGAGGAGGAGACGCCGAAGGGUCGGAAGAUGCAGAAUGCGAAAGGCAAGGUGGGUCGGCCCAGGAAAGCAGUGGUGGAGCAGAGGAGGAAAGGAAGGAGAAGGGAAGAGGAGGAGAGCGAGGAAGAAGGCGGAGCAAAGAGGAAGAGCAAGCGGGCGGUGGCCACGUCCAGCCGGAGGGACUACCGGGAGCAGGAGAGCGAUGGCGAGGAGUGCGACAACCGGAGAACUGGGCAGCGGGGGGGCGAUGGCGGGGAUAGUGACGAGGAGAACCGGGCCAGCCACCGACAUUCCAAGCGGCAAAAACGCUCAUAAUGAAGUCCAGGGUGCUUUUUCUGUUUUGUCUUUUCAAAUUUCUGCCCCUAAAUGAAAACAGAACCCAUCUCCCAAUUCUGAGGAAAUGGUACUCAACUUCUCAGAUGGAGUUUUUUGUGAUUUUGGUUUUAUGUUAAUAUUUUUUAGUAAAAAAAGAAACUGAUUUAUAUUUGUAAUGCGAUUUAAUAUUAUACUUUUUUCAAACCAAGACAUUUACAUUUAAGACGAGAGGAUUUGUCAGAGCUCUUAGACUUUUUAAUGUGAAUUUAUCCCCUUCCACACCUAACAUUCUGGUCAUCCUCCCAAGUUUAAACUUGUAAUUUAGCUUCUGUGCGGCUUGGGCUGUGAGAGAUGGGCUGGUAACCGUUGUCCAGGAUAUAACUAAUUUAUGUCGAUGUACAGUGUCAUCAUUCUCUGGUUUUGCUUUUUGACGUGACUGAACAACUGGCCUUUGGGCAACCCAGCCAUGUGAGGGCACCAAAGCACUUGGCAUAUACGUCUGAAUUCUUCCUUCAGGCUACACACAAGCACACUGCCUAGCCAUCACUCUGCCUAAGCAUUGAACCAGAUAAUCCAGGUUUUUACAUAUGCAAUUCAGUUUCCAGUGUUAUUGACAAUGGAAAGACCUAUUGUAAAAACAACAGUACAUCUUAGCCUCCUCCUUCUCCACAGAGGACUCUGUUGUGGUUGCAGCAACACGUUUAUCUGCAGUGUCUCAUUCCUGGUCCACCACGUUGCCCAACCUUUCACCUCCUUAAUGUCCUCCGGUUAAGUAGAUGAUUCCCCUUAAACUCAGCCCUGUAGUUCUCUCCCUGUAAAACUAGGCCUAUGUUUUCAUGUCUACUGUCUCAUUGACAUUAUAGGCAUUUAUUAUUUUAAACCACAUACAAGCAUAGCCAUGUUCUAAAUGCAUGGAAACGUGUUUGACUUAAAUGGGAUUUUCAUGUUUAGUGAUUGUUUUGUUGCACAUUUGGCUGAAUUUGAUUCAAAGGCAGUGUAUGAAAUACUUGUGAGCUGUAGCCACUUCCUUCACAAAGAUUUGUCAGCGGUCACCUUUAUUUAUGUCAUCCAUACAAGGUCUGGUUGGGUUCUAGUCCGAGGUAGGUGGUCUGUGUGUGGAGGAGGGUUCAUGGACCAUGGGAAGUGUUGUUAGGUUCAAAUCCAUUAGCACCAGGUGGCGCAAUACUCCUGCACGUUUAACCAGCAAAGUGCAAGCCGUGGUCCCAUGAGAACCUCUUGUGGUGUUCAUAUCGCCUUAAACAACCUCAUGCACAUUCUACUGUAGGAUAGGUGUUAAAACACCCCUUCCCUCUCGCUAGAGUGUGUACCAUACUGUGUAUCAUAAUCACACCUUGGAGAGCGCUAAGGGCCUUGUAGUAAUUCUCAGAUGUGGUGUUGGGGUAGCUAUGUACAGACUGCAGGUUAGGUAGUGAUAUACAAUGCAGAUGUCUUGAUUAUGGCCUGUUCUGUAUGUACAGUUCUAUGCGGUAUGUUGGAGGUUUUCCAACACUGUCAUUGAAUCAUCAAUCCUACGAUCUGAUUUCAUUUGGUUCUUAUAAUUUGGGCAGUUUUAAAAAGCGCUUUGAGGUUUUUGUUUGUACUACUCAACUCCUGUAUCUGAGAUGAUUGAGAUUUCAUUGUUGGCUGUUCAAUUACAUUGAAUAUAUAGAUGGAAGAGCAAAUCUAAACAAUUGCAAAAGUGACUGCCCUCCUCAGUAGAAUACCUGUCUGUUGUAAAUGCUUUCUUUCUUUCCAGAGGAACUAAAGUAUUUUACACAGCUUUUUUUUUUUUAUAUUAGUAGUCUCAACUGGGGUCGGGAUUGGUUGGACAGGUGUGGGGCUCACAUGUAAAGAUUUUCCAAUAAAGGAUAUGGAUUUGAAGUUUAGAUCUUCUAUUUUUUUCUUUGUUUUGAGGUAAAUAGUAUUCCCCCAGCCAUCACUGCCAAUGGUAAACCUUCUGAUCAAUAAUUGCUAGUGGGGAGGAGUUAGCCAGGCUGACGUAUGUUUUCUUUACUUUUUAAUAAAACAUCAUACAAUGGUA